ACUUGUCUCUUUGCCUUCAUCAUCAGUUGUUCAUUUCUUUGUUUACAAUUUUUGUUUCCUCAUUUUGUUUUCUCUUUCUAAUUGUUAAUCAAAUCUAAUCAUCAUCAUGGUUAAAGCAACAAUUGGUUGGGACAAUCUAUUCACUUAUGACAGUUUAGUCCAUGCCAUGGCGGGAUCGGCCGGUGGGGUCACGGCGAUGACCACUUAUCCCUUGGAUACUGUUAGGUCCCGAUUACAGGUUGAUGAUUUAGCCAAGGGAAAGAAUACCUGGAUUCUGAUCAAGGAAAUUCUCGAUGCUGAAGGAAUGGAAGGCCUUUACCGAGGAUUAGAACCCGUCCUUAUAUCUCUUUGUGCUUCUAAUUUCGUCUAUUUCUACUCAUUCCAUGGAUUAAGGGCCAUGUUCAAGACUAAAGCACCUUCUGCAAUUCGUGAUUUAUUUCUUGGUUCAAUCGCGGGGACAAUUAACGUACUAUUAACAACACCCUUGUGGGUUGUUAACAUGAGGAUGAAGAUGCAAGGAGCUAAGUUGAAACAUGGCGGCGAUUCAGUUGUCAGAAAUUCACCUCGAUACAAAAACAUAUUCCAUGGUAUUUAUAAAAUAGCUGCAACUGAAGGUGUUCCCGCUCUCUGGGCUGGUGCGAUUCCAUCCCUUGUUUUGGUUACUAAUCCAGCGAUACAAUUUAUGAUUUAUGAGAAUCUUAAACGUCGAACACAAUUAUGGACUGGACAAGAACAAAUCAAAGGGUCGACUGCCCUUCUCCUUGGAGCGAUUUCCAAAAGCAUGAGUACCAUUUUAACUUAUCCAUUGCAAAUCGUCCAAUCAAAAUUAAGAUAUGGAAGUGAAGAUGUUAGAAACAAAGAUAUGAUGCAAGUAAUUCGGAUGAUUUUACUUCGUGAUGGGCCCAAAGGACUUUACAAAGGAAUGGAGGCCAAACUUUACCAAACUGUUCUGGCGACAGCGUUAAUGUUUUUCACCUAUGAGAAAAUCGCAGCAUUUGUGUUCACCAUAAUGAAGGGUUCGAAGAAGAUGAAAAAAUAAACAGAAAACGCGAGAACAUAAUUUCCAAUGGUUAAUCUCAUCGUCUUUUCUUUAAAUCAAUUAUCCUUUACAUACGAUUUUCUUUCAUCGUUUUCACUUUCCAAUGUCCAAGGCCAACUUUAAGUGCCUCGUCUAUGCAAUAUUGACUUUUUUUCUUUAAUUCUCAUUUUAUUUUCGUUUUCUAUUCUAUUCCAACAUUAAUCCAUUUAUCAAAUGGAUACAUUUAUAUGAUUACCAUAACAAAAAAUUUUCACCUUAAUAUAUAAUUUAGAUAAAAUAUCAACACAAUUAUCAAUUGUAACGUUUAAAA